AUGCUCAUUUCGACUCAUGAGGAUUUAUGUCGCUUUUUCAAAUCGCGCGACAAGCGACUCGAAGUCACUCGAGGAAUACCGCCAAAACCCGCACUUCUUUUCCAUAUGGCCUAUCAUAUGGCCAUCUUGAUCACCAUGCCACCAUUCCUUAGACUAUUCGCAUCGUUAAAGACCGAGCAGAAUAAAAUAUCUCAGGCGAUGUCACUUGUACUGCGGUCUAUCACGUCUGCUGCUGCUUCGAUGAUUCGACUCGUCCAGCGAUACUGCAAGUCCUACGGAUUUAAACAUGCCAACCCACUUCUAAUCCACCACAUUCUCAGUGCAUCUAUAGUGCAUCUGAUGAAUACAACCGCGACCUCUUCAUCAUUUCGGGGACACAGUACUCGCUUAGUGAGGAACUGUCUGAGUCUCUUACGCGGACUUAGUCCAUACUGGCCCUUACGCUCUCAAAAGAGCAUCGACACUAUCAAAGCUCUUGCGAGGCGGUGGAAUGUGGGCUUCAUUAUUUUGGGUAAUGAUGGAGGCAAUCAAACUAAGGACUCAUCGGCUUGUCAAGUGCAAAAUGAAUUCAAACCACUCAAUCCCGAGGUGACAUCUGUUACGUGUACCAAUCUGGAUCCAGCAAUAUCCGUCGCGGCUUACGAAGGUCUAGGUGGGCAUUUCGAUGCCUCAUAUGCUGUCGAACCGAUUGGAGAAUUUUUUGCAAGUGAUGAGCAACAUAGUUUUGAUAUUUCUAUGGUGAAUAUGCCAAUAUCGGUCGAUGAUGAACUUUUUGGCUUGUCACAAUUUUUCCAGACUUUCGAGAACUACCCAGAUUUACUGUGA